UCAAGCUUCGCUCCCGUUGCUUGAAUUUAUCUUCCAUCCAUCGUUUAAAUCAAUGUAAUACUAUGGACGCCAUCUUGAGAUCCCUUGCCAACGUAAAUGAGACGCCGGCCACCUUUUUCGGUCCAGCGCUUCAAGGCCACGAUGUUGAAUUCGACUUUACAUUGCUGUUCGAGAAAAUUAUACUGAGCAUUCUGCCCUCUGCGUUGUUCCUACUUUAUGCUCCUCUGAGAGCAUAUUGGCUUCGAAGCGAGCAGAAGAAGGCGAAAUGGAGUCGCUUGGUGAUGGGGAAACAGCUGCUAUAUAUUAUGCUUUUCGCCGCACAGCUUUCUCUCCUUGUCUUUACGGCAACAUCGCGCGGCAUCGCCGGUUCACAGUCAGCCAUUGUAGCACACACCCUCCUAGUGACUGUCGUCCUAGCAUCAAGCGGACUUUCUCUCCUUGAACAUGUCAGGUCACCGCGGAGCUCCGAUGCAAUCAAUGUCUACCUCUUCUUCAGCACGAUAUUCGAUGCGGUGCAAGUACGCACUUUCUGGAUACAUCCACUCCCAACGACUGUAUCAGUCGCAGCUAGUGUGUGCGUCGCUUUUAAAUCCGUACUCCUCAUUGCAGAAGCGCAGAACAAGAUCGCAUGGUUAAUGGAAGAUUGUCGGAGUCUAGCGCCAGAGACACUCAGCGGUGUGUAUGCGAGAAGAGUGUUCUGGUGGCUUAACGGAUUAAUGUAUCGGGGGUACAGAGCCACGUUCCGGCCAGUGGAUUUAAUGGCCAUCAAGGAAGAAUUUGGGUCGAAACGGCUGUUGGCUGCCCUCCAAUCCAAAUCCGAUGGGAAAUCUUUGCUGAUAGUCUGCCUUCGAGCUUUCAAGCUGGAUGUGGCCUUCCUGGUAGUCCCUAGGACGAUGAUGUUGGCACUGAGCUAUACGCAGCCGUUCCUAUUCCAGGCCAUCAUCGCACAUCUCGAUAAAAGUUCUGAAGACCGGGACCCAAUCGUUGGAUACGGCUUGAUAGCAGCAACUGGACUUCUCUACCUUUCUCUCGCCAUCAGUAAGACCUAUUACCAACACAAGACAUAUCAACUGGUUGUCAAAGUUCGCGGUACACUCGUGAGCAUGUUGUAUGAUCGCACGCUGGAGUCAGCUCCUGGCGCUUUGAGCGACCGAGCGCCUGUUACGCUAAUGAGCGUUGAUGUUGACGGUGUGACUGACGUUGUCCCAGUCUACAACGAGAUCUGGGCUGGCACAGUAGAGGUUGGCAUUGCUGUCUACUUGCUACAGAGACUGCUGGGCGUUGUGUGGAUUGUGCCGUUCGGCAUUGCCUUUUUGAGCUCUGGACUUGCCGUAUAUCUGUCACGACAGAUGGGCCCGCGACAAGCGAAGUGGAACGCCGUAACUCAAGAGCGCGUGUCAGCGACUUCAACUGUCCUAGGCUUCAUCAAGUCUAUCAAAAUGAUGGGCUUCUCGAAGUACGUUAUCGGAGAUAUUCAGGCGUUGAGAGACAAAGAGAUCCGCACGUUCAGGGUAUUCAGACGGUUUACCGUGUUCCUGAAUGCGCUUGCAAACUUGCCAUUUUAUGCUGGACCCGUACUAACAUUCGCCAUCUUUGCGCUCCUCGGCAAGGGAAGCUUCACCAUUGAAAGGGCCUUCACUUCCCUAACGCUAAUCUCGCUACUCGAGAUGUCGACGCUGAAGUUCAUCGCGUCAUUGCCACAAAUUGCGUCAGCCGCAGGUUGUCUCAAACGAUUGGAAAAAUUCUGUUCGGAAGUUCACCCAUUGGUUUCAAAUCCCUCCUCCGCAGCGUUGAAUCUGAACCAUAAUGGGUCGAUGGGAGACAGCGAACCUCGAGUGGAGCCGGAUAACAACGGCCAACGGGCACUGUUCUCCUUCAAGGAUGUCACGCUGAAGACUGGCGCAGACACCAGUAGCUUUUCUCUCCGCAAUGUCAACCUUAAUAUUAACCGAGGCCAACUUGUCGGUAUCACUGGACCAGCAGGCUGUGGAAAGACGACACUGAUCAAAGCCCUCCUCAAUCGCCUGCCCAUCAUCGAAGGAGGAUAUGUGCAAAGAUCAAAUGAGUCGAUUAUGUACUGUGCUCAGACACCGUGGAUUCCCAGCGGUACAGUAAGGGACGCUAUCAGUGGCCAAACCCAGUCCGAUGAGAUGUGGUACAGCAAAGUCAUAGGCGCAUGCAGCCUUACCGAAGACUUUAAGUCUCUUAGUGCGGCAGACCAGACAGAUGUGGGAAGUCAGGGAUCGAACUUGAGCGGCGGACAGAAGCAGAGAGUAGCCCUUGCCAGAGCCUUGUUUUCCAGGCAGAAGAUCUUCAUCCUCGAUGAUAUAUUGAGCGGUAUGGACGCGCACACUACAGCUCAUAUCUGCCGCGCAGUGUUUGGUGCAGAGGGUCUGCUUCGUGAGCUUGGUGCUACCGUAAUAGUCGCAUCGCACUCUUUAAACGUCCUUCGACACAUGGAUACUUUAGUGAAGUUCACCUUGGAUGGCCACAUCGAACAGCUGCAAUCAUCACAAGAGAUCAUGGCAGAAACCGAACCUAGCUUGUAUCCAACAAAGCUGACACAAUCUGUUGAGACUGAUGCGAAUACAAAUCGCGAAGAUACAAAAGCAGUCUCUAUAGUGGAAACCGAGGAAUUCGAUACGGCCCGAAAAAUAGGGGAUUGGGCGAUAUACAAAUAUUACAUACAGUCAGUUGGCUGGUGGCGCAUUGGACUGCUUGCUGGCUCUCACCUACUCAAUGCAGCACUGGACAAUUUCCCAACCCUCUGGUUGAAACAAUGGUCAUCCUUUGCUCAAACACCAGAUGCACCUGAUCGGACCACCUUCUACCUCAGUAUAUACGGUGUGACGGCUCUCCUGGGGCUUAUGUGCCUUCUAUUUGGCAUCUGGUUCAUAUACAUGGUCAUGAUUCCGGCUGCCGGGAAGAACAUGCAUAAUACCCUGUUGGGCACGGUGAUCCAUGCAAAACAAUCCUUCCACGACACUACGCCGACUGGCACAACACUCAAUCGCUUCACUCAAGACAUGCAGCACAUUGACCGUGACGUGCCCUCAGCCACUCUACGAUGCAUGCACGCAACCGUUGAGUGUCUAGCCGCAUUUGUUCUGCUAUCUAUCAGUGCCUCUUAUACUGCAGCUCUCAUCCCACUUCUUCUGGUUGCCUUAUACUAUCUCCAGAAGUUCUAUCUGCGCACCAGUCGUCAAUUGCGACUUCUCGAUAUCGAAGCUCGCGCACCGCUCUUUACCGUUUUCCAGGAGAGUGUCGACGGCCUCGACACCAUCGUUCCUCUCGGUUGGUGUACCAAAUGGAGAGAGACACUGUUCACUACGCUCGAUGCCUCGCAGAAGCCGUACUAUCUCCUGUUCUGCAUUCAACGCUGGCUCAUCCUCGUGCUAGGUUUCGUGGUGGCGGCGAUGGCAACGGUGCUCGUUACCUUUGCAACUCAGGUGAAAGGGUUGAGCAGCGCUGGUUCUGUUGGUGUUGGUUUGAUUGCGCUGCUCAAUUUCAAUGAUCGUUUGAAUCUGCUUAUUGUCGAGUGGACGACGCUAGAGACGAGUCUCGGUGCAAUUGCGAGAUUGAAAGCGUUCUCGCACGAGACUGCGAGUGAAGAAGACGUACCGGAUGCAGUCGUAUCUGAUCAGUGGCCUAGCCAGGGGAGCGUCGAGUUCAGGAACGUGAGUGCAAAGUAUCGUGCUGACCUCCCGCCCGUACUCAACGAUCUUUCCUUCGCCAUCCCUUCCGGCUCCACGUGCGCCAUAGUCGGCCGCACAGGCAGCGGAAAGUCGACGACGCUCUCCGUCCUCCUACGCCUCGUCAACCCCUCCUCCGGCUCCAUCAUCAUAGACGGGCACCCGCACACUUCCAUCCCGCUUCAAGCCCUCCGCUCCCGCAUCGCCUGCCUCCCACAACAACCCUACCUCCUCCCAGGCAGCCUCCACCGCAACCUCGACCCAGACUCCCACCGCACCGACGCCGACCUCCGCGCCGCCCUCGACCGCGUUCGUCUCUGGCCCGUCUUCGUAGCAGCCGCGCAGUCCACCUCGCCCGCCACAGUCCUCGAUCACCCGCUCAACCCCGCCGCCCUGUCCCCGGGCCAGACGCAGCUACUCGUUCUCGCGCGCACGCUGCUUAUUCGGCCGCGACCCAGGAUCCUUAUCCUUGACGAAGUCACGUCUAGUCUAGACGAUGCUAGCGAGGAGGUCAUGCAGCAGCUUCUUCGCGAGGAGUUCGUGGGGAAGGGGUGUACGGUUAUUGCGGUUGCGCAUCGGUUGAGGGGAGUGAUGGAUUUUGGGCAGGUCAUUGUGUUGGAUGGGGGGCGAGUUUCAGAAAGGGGAAUUCCAAGGGUAUUGGCGGGGCAGGAAGGGAGUGUGUUUGGGGGGAUGUGUGGAGAACAGGGUAUCACUGCGUAG